AUGGCGAAAGACGAGAAACCAUCUCCAACAGCAGCAACAAGAGACCAAGCAACAAACCGUCUAAACCAACUUGCAUCACAAAUAUCCCCAAAACAAAAAAACCCCAAACCAAAUCUCCCAGCAGACCACUCAGACGUCCUAAACCAAAUAAAAGACCUCCGCAUCAUAGCAGCAACCCCCGAUCCAAAGAACAGAGGCUACAUCCGGCAAAAGCAAGCCGGAAAACUAUGGGUGCGCGAACGAAUCGAAGCCCUGCUAGACAGCAACACCUUCACAGAAAUCGGCUCUGUGUCGGGCACAGUAACAUGGGCAAAGACAGCACCAAGAUGCGAAAAGCCCGUAUCCUUCAUCCCAAGCAAUAACGUGCAAGGCGCGGGCCUUCUGCGCGGCCGGAAAGUCCUCCUUACAGCUGAUGAUUUCAGUAUCCGGUCUGGUCAUGCUGAUGGCGCUAGUACCGGCAAGACGGUUUAUGUCGAGAAACUUGCUAUUGCGUUGCGGCUUCCGGUUGUUAAGCUUGUUGAUGGGAGUUCGGGCGGUGGGAGUGUGACUACUAUCAAGAAGGAGGGGUGGAGUUAUUUACCUCAUGUUGCUUCUUUUCCGUUUGUUGUCCAGCAGUUGAAUAUGGGGAUUCCAAACUUGGGGGCUGUUGUUGGUCCUGCGAUUGGACUCGGCGCGGCAAGAGUUGUUUCUUGUCACUUCUCUGUCAUGGCUGCCGAUAUUGGCGCCCUAUUUAAUGCUGGCCCUAAAGUCGUCGAGGGCGCUACCUUCGAGGAAGGUCUUGAUUUCCAAAAUUUGGGCGGUCCUAUGGUUCAUUGUAUGAACGGUACAAUUGACAACCUCGCUGCCAACGAGGCAGAAUGCUAUGAGCAAUUACGGAUCGUCUUGAGCUACCUCCCCAACUCAGGAAGGGAGGCGCCUCCGGUGAUCUCCUGCACAGACCCAGAACACCGCGAGGAUAUCGCACUGCGCAGUAUCAUUCCCAGACGUCAAGCCCGCAUGUACGAUGCGCGAUCGGUCAUCACAUCAGUUGUUGAUCAAGAUUCCUGGUUCGAGAUCGGCGCACUCUGGGGUCGAACUGCUAUCGGCGGACUUGCACGUCUAGGCGGACGUCCUGUGGGCAUUAUUUCCCUGAACUGUGAAGUCAACGGUGGUGCAUUAGAUGCAGCAGGGAGCCAGAAACUCACUCGGCUGCUUAAGCUGUGUGAUGUGAUGAAUUUGCCUAUUUUGCAGUUCCUUGAUGUCCCUGGGUAUGCUAUUGGAACUGUUGCGGAGCGCACUGCUACUAUGCGCUGGGGCGUUGAACUUGCCAAGGCGUAUUUCAGCACGACUGUACCGGUUUUUAAUGUGGUCACGCGCCGUGUGUUUGGCGUUGCCGGUGGUGUUAUGCUUGGAUGCCGAGAUCCUGUUAUGCAGGUUGCUUGGCCGUCUGGACAGUGGGGUUCGUUGCCACUUGAUGGCGGUAUUGAGGUUGGUCAUAGGCAUGAAUUGAGAGAAGCCGAGAAAGUUGGUAAGAAGGAGGAGCGGUACCAAGAGUUGGAAGAGGAAUAUCUUCGGCUUAUGAACCCCGUGCGCACUGCGAAUGCGUUUGGGGUUGAGGAGAUUAUUGACCCGAAGGAUACGCGUAAGGUCUGUUGUUCGUGGGCUGAGCAUGUUUACGAGGUGCUUAUUCGAGAGAGAUUGGCGGAUCGGGCAUCUGGGAAAAUUUCGCCUACUUUUGCUUGA